AUUAUUUUCAUCCCUGGUGCGUAUGCCACAUUAAUGGAAUCUCCACAAGAUGAGACUCAAUUGAUCCAGGAAGCUGAUUCACUACGCAGAAAGUUAGAGGACGAACGUAAUCGACUGAAUGAUGGGAAUCUUGUUGUGGCCAGUCAGAAUCUUGACCCCAUUCCGACCGUUAAUAUUCGCGUUCGUCGAGUAUUAAAGGGACAUCAGGGAAAAGUCUUGUGUUUGGCCUGGGCUACUGACAAGAGGCAUAUCGUCAGCUCCUCACAAGAUGGAAAAAUUCUUGUAUGGGAUGGUUUCACUAGCACAAAGGAGCACUCUGUCUCAAUGCCCACAACAUGGGUCAUGUCUUGCGCUUACAGUCCAUCCGGGGGCUUUGUGGCGUGUGGUGGUUUAGACAAUAAGUGUACUGUCUUCCCGUUAAUUGCCGAUGAGGAUCCAGUGCGACGCAAAAAGCUGGUCGCUACGCACACAUCGUACUUAGCUUGUUGUUUGUUCAACUUUUCCGAUCACCAGCUGCUUACCGGAAGCGGUGACAGUACAUGUGUUUUGUGGGAUAUUGAAUCUGCUCAGAUUAUCCAGAGCUUCCACGGACACUCCGGCGAUGUGCUCAGUUUAUCACUGUCUCCGUCGGAGUCCGGUCGAGUGUUUGUAUCCGGAGGCUGCGAUCGGUCUGCCAAUGUUUGGGAUAUGCGCACCGGUCAGUGUGUGCAAGUGUUUCAAGGUCACGACUCGGAUGUGAACAGUGUUCGAUUCUAUCCAAGUGGUGACGCAUUUGCCACCGGGUCUGAUGAUGCGACAAUUCGACUGUUUGAUUUGCGUGCAGAUCGUGAAGUGUGUGUUUAUAAAAAGGACAGUGUGAUUUUCGGAUGCAAUGCGAUUGAUUUCUCUCUAAGCGGUCGGCUGUUGUUUGGUGGUUAUAGUGAUCACGCAAUAAAUGUGUGGGACGUGUUGAAAGGUCAACGUGUGAAUAUCCUAUACGGCCAUGAAAACAGAAUAUCCUCACUGCGCACCAGUCCGGACGGAACGGCCAUUUGUACGGGCAGUUGGGAUACAACUGUUCGAGUGAGUUGCUUUCAUCCACACUGUGUCAAUCGGAGUGCCCGGCAUUCCUCUUGGUCUCAUUUACUGGUCGCAUUGCUCUAA